AUGCCUAAGAUUACUGAAAUCUUCUUCGACUGCGACAACACCCUGGUGUUGUCGGAGGUGCUCGCUUUUGAAGCAUGCGCCGAUCUUGCCAAUGAGAUCUUGGAGAGCCGUGGUAUCUCGGAUCGCUACACGGGCGAGCAGUUGAUCAAGGAUUUCGUCGGUCAAAACUUCCGCGGAAUGAUGAUUUCCCUGCAGGCCAAGUACAAGUUCGAGAUGGAACAGGAUGAAUUGGAGAUGUACGUCAAAAAGGAGGAAGACAAGGUGAUUGCCAAGCUGGAGGCCAAGGCCAACCCCUGUGUGGGCGCCAACGAGCAACUGGAGAAGCUCGCCGCCGAGAAGAAAUACCAUAUGGCCGUGGUGUCUUCCUCCGCGCUCCGCCGUGUGGUGGCUUCGAUCAAGAAGGUGGGCCAGGACAAGUACUUUGACAAGGACAUGGUCUUCAGUGCGGCCACUUCGUUGGAGAAGCCCACCUCGAAGCCCGACCCUGCCAUCUAUCUGCAUGCCUUGAAGGUGUGUGGCAAGACCGCCUCCGAGACCGUCACCGUGGAGGACAGCAAGUCUGGCGCCCUGUCGGCCAUCCGCGCUGGCAUCCCUACCAUUGGCUACGUUGGCAGCUAUCCUCCCGAGGAGCAGUCCGAAAUGGCCACUCGUCUCAAGGACCUUGGCGUGAAGAUCAUCAUGAAGGAUUGGUCGGAGUUCCCUAAGUGCUUGGAGUUUCUUGAAAAUGGCCCCAUCGAGACGCAGUCCAGUCUGUAA